GACGCGUUGAUAAAUAAUCCAUACACCCUGCAAGCAAAAUGGCGGAGCAUCGAGACAAUAAUCAUGUUCAAGUUCGAUCACAGUGGCUGGUCUGACGGGAUUUUACUUCUGGUCAAUCGUUAUAGCUGUCAAACUGAAUACGUCCGAAUAAUACCAUGGCCAGCGAAUCAAACGCAAAUCCAGAAGAUGAUAAAAGUACUAUCCAAAUCAUUGAGGAUGACACAGACAACACGACCUUGUCAUCGGAAGUAAGCAAUUCAAACGCUAGCGUGACCAUGAUUUUGUCUGGUCCCGGCUUUCCAUGGGACAAUAAAUGGACCCAUGGCGCCACAAAAACUCUUCUUGAACUCUAUGUGAAGAAUGAGGACAAAUUCAAAGAUCCAAACACUAAGAAAAAACAAAUUUGGGGAGAAAUUUCAGAAAUCCUCCGUUCAAAUGGUUAUACUUUUGAUGCUGAAAAGUGCGAAAGGAAAUUUCUAAACCUCAAAACUGUUUACCGAAACAAUGUCCAACAUAAUAGUAUGACAGGAAAUCAUGACCGGAAAUGUUCAUUCUUUGACGAAUUAGAAGCAAUUUUCCAUUUGAGUAGCAAACUGAGAUCUAGCAAAAAAACAGAUCCGAAACUUCCAGAUGUUAUCGAACCGAAAAGAAGUGCACAACGAAACUCAUCGAACGAAACUAAUGGAUCCCCAGUAGUCCCGGUGCUGCUAGUACCACACAAUGGGAAAGGGAUGAGCGAAGCUAAUAAAACUUUGAGCUCUAGCUUUAAUCCAACCCAAAUCUCUAAUCCACAUUAUCCCCGUGCAAAUCCAACCAUGGCACAGUCCAUCGAUUCUGUUAGUCAUCCCAACGUAACGUACAGCAGUAUCGUUCAGAGGAAUAGACAGCCUUCACAACAACAACGGUUCUCAAAGUCAAUAUCCAACAUUCCAUACCAAAGAAGUGCUUCGACAGAAAAUGUAGAUCGCUCGCAACCAGUACAUCACAACUCUUCUACGGGUACUGCCAUCAUUGAUCUUUGUCGAGAAACUUCAGACAAUCUUAAACGAGGCUCAAGUGAAAUAGAGAUUCGUGCAGAACCACCACAAAUGAAAAAGAGGAGAGCUAGCGAUCUGCAGAGUCUCUUGGAGAGUUUUGAGAAUUACCGUCGAGAGCAGCGCGAAAGGGAGGAACACAGGAUGAGGCAAAUGAAGGAAAUGCAUGAGGAUGAAAUGAAAGUAACCAACCGCUUUCUUGACAUUAUUCAUCAGUACGUCCAGAACGGAAAUAGCUGAUAUAUCAUCUGUCAUUCCAAAGUUAUUCACUUUAUAUUUUCUUAUUCUAUCGAGUUAGAAGAUAAAUCACUUGAAUACGUGGUGAUCUAUAUUUAAGAUGACUAAUUAUUGUCCUGCAUGAUAUUUGACUGUAGAUUAGAUUAGAGUAACACUGUCAGAAUUGUUUUUAAAGCAAUACAAACUGUAACUGACGGUAUUUUUUCAACUAUCCAAUUAUGCACCAAAUAACACCUACCGGUGUAACUAAUAUAAUCCCAAAGAUCUGAAGAAAAAUUCAACAAAAUAAACAAGGGAAUAUUGUUUGAGAGCAUACCUACAAUGAGCGUUUCGUAUAAACCGCCAUUGUGUCGUAUACACGGACAUGGGAACGGUGAUUGCCGAACAUAAUCGGGUUGCUGAGACCGAGGCCUUAAACAUAGACGGAAACUGACGCGAGUAACUACACGUGUCGUUUGUUUUAAAAUAUUACGUUGUUUCAUGAAUGACUAGGAAUACUAUAUAAAUGUAAAAAGGUAAUGAUUACGCAAAUGUGCCACUCAAAUGAAAAUUUUAUUGUGAAUUUUCUAUAAAAUUGGCAUGUUAAACUAUUUACAAAUCUAACACGUGCUCAGUGCCUCUCUUUCGCUUUUUCCGAACUGGUGACCUCCAAGGUCACUGCAACAUCGGAGAUUACGAGCAGGAAUUACUGACAGGAUGACAAUGACUCAUGAAUUCACAUUGUUUGCUAAUUUGACGGGUUUAUUGCUUCAGAUUAACUCUGAUUCUAUUAAGUGAUGUAUAUUCAAUCACAAAUAUGUUCACUAUUUGUUCUUUUAUUUUUCAAUUUAUUUACUGUCAGUUACAGGUUGUAUUGCUUUAAAUGUGACUCUUAUAUUAUACUACUAGCUGUGGACGGACGACGCGAGCAGUCGCCAUGUAAUCUGUUAGACAAGGGAGCUUAGAGUUCUGCAGCUAAUGAAACUUUCAUUCCAUUUCAGUCCCAUACUUGCUAUAUUAUAUAGAUAUUUUGGGAUUCUGUUCAAAGGGUCAUAGGUCAAGAUCACAGCUCGUAAUCACUGCAAGUAGUGUUGUGGAUACCAUGCGAAGAGUGUCAUUUGCCAUUCUAGUUUUCAGCUUUAUACUAGUUGUAUUGAUGCAUGGUAGGUUGGAGAUUAUUUAUGGAUCGAAUGUUAAAAUAAAGUCGUACACAUCAUUUAAUCAAUCGGAUUUUGGAAUAAAUGCCUUGUUUGUAUAAUGGGGAUAUGAAACCAUGGAAACAUGUGUUAAUUUGUUUUACCAGAGAAGGAAGCGUGGGGUGAUUUGACAAGUAUUAUUGACGAGGUUGAAUAUGCAGAAAUUAUCCACGGGUUCCAUUGUCAUAUUCCCAUAGUACGAUCAAACUAGACAUUUAUUCAUCAUCUUCGUAUUUUGUAAUUUGGCUUGUUUCGUUUUUUAAUAUUUAUAAUCCAGUGCGUUAGAGUAUUCGAAUAGGUGUUCGGGUAGGUCACGUGGCAAUUGGGCAUUUCAAAACGAGAGUAUGUGGCAGCUUAAACCUACUCGUAAGAAAUUUUAUUACUGCGUUAGUGAGGUGGGAGGAGACGAAUUGCGUUAAUUGUCAAAACUUCUAUCUAAUGCAUUAUCAAACUAAUCAUAUAUUGUUAUAUCGUUUCACUUUAAAAAAAAAAAAAGAAAAAAAGAAUUGAAUUACCAUUUCUUAUUUGAUUCAUGAUGGUUAUUUUUGCAUAUUAGUAAUCAAAAUGCAAGUUUGUUGUAAACGUUUGCGUGUAUAUAAAUAGAAUUAUAGUAGA